AUGGCUCCAAACACAAAAGCAUCAGCUGCUAAGAAGGCUGCCUUGAAAGGUACCAACUCAAACAAGGUCACCAAGGUGAGAACCUCAACCACAUUCAGAUUGCCAAAGACUCUUAAAUUGCAAAGAUCACCAAAAUACCAAAGAAAAUCAGUACCACACUACAACAGACUCGAUGCUUACAAAGUUAUCGUUUCUCCAAUUGCUACUGAGACCGCAAUGAAGAAAGUCGAGGACUCAAACACCUUGGUUUUCCAAGUUGACAUCAAGGCUAACAAGCACCAAAUCAAGGCUGCUGCUAAGGAAUUGUACGAUGUCGAUGUCGAUUACGUCAACACUUUGAUCAGACCAAACGGUACCAAGAAGGCUUUCUUGAGAUUGACUGCUGACCACGAUGCAUUGGACAUUGCUAACAAGAUUGGUUACAUUUAA